AUGGGCUCGGAGAAGCCGAACUUUUUGUCCCAACCAGUGGUGAAGAAUAUAUUCAUGUUCCGCAAUGGUGACCCGUAUUAUGAAGCCCGACGAGUCGUGAUUAAUCAGAAGAGAAUUUGCAACUUUGAGACGUUUUUGAGGGAGGUUACAAGUGGAAUUCAGGCGCCGUUUGGAGCUGUAAGGAACAUCUACACUCCGCGAAGAGGACACAAAGUGGAAAGCCUGGACAACCUUCAGAGUGGGGAGCAGUACGUCGCUGCAGGGAGAGAGAGAUUCAAAAAGCUAGAUGGCAAUUACCAAGAGCCAAAAGCUCAGCUCAACAACUUAUUGAAAACCUCCCCUGGAAAACUAAUGAGAAAAUCAGUGCUCCGAAGCACUGACAGUGGAGAAGGCGAGUCCAAGGCUUCGCCUCUACACAUCAAUGGUGGCAGCAAAGACCAACUGUCCUCCUUUGUCAGAGAAAUCUCCCAGGCCAGACUCCUUUCUCUCAGAUUGAAGAAGAGUGGACAGAGCAUAACUACUGGUGACAAUGAUGACUUGGAUUCAAAAGCUGAUAAUGGAAAUGCAGAAGUUAAAUCCCUAGAUCAGUCAAUUGAAGAGGACCUUGCAUCAGAUGUUACCAAAUCAUCAGAGGAGUCUGGCGAAAAGGCGGAAGAGAAGCAGGAGGCCUCUGCUGAAAAUACCUUUGAAAAGGAAACUUCAGUUAUCCAAGUAGAAGGGGCAGAUAAGGAGACAACUAGUCCAACAAAGGGAGGUGGUGAAGAGGAAAAUGAAGCGGCAAAGAAUGAAAAUGAGGGAGAAGUAACUGCGUUGUCAAAAGAGCAGGCAGAGGAGGUAAAAGAAGUGAAGGACACGGUAGUAAAUGAAAGUAAGAGGGUCCCAGAUGAGAGAAGGGCAACACCAGAUGAGACAAGGGAGGCCUCAGGCCAUAGUAAAAAGAACAUUGCAGAAGAGAGUAGGGAAGAGAGUGCAGAUGUGAGUGAGGCGACAGCAAAUGUCAGUAAGGAUGCUUCAGAUGAGAACCAGAAUGAGAUUUCAGAACACAAGGAGAAGGAAGAAAUGGCCGAUGAGAGUAAGGAUGAAGUUGCCAAUGACUGUAGGAAUGAGAGUAGAGAUAAGAAUAAGGAUGAGAGUAGGAAUGAGGUUAAAGAUGAAGUGGUAGAUAAGAUAAAUAAUGAAAACACUAAUAAAAGUAAGGAUGGAGCUGUAGAUCAUCUUGCCAAUGAGCGUAAGGAUGAGAUUGUCGAUGAGAGUAGGUAUGAGUUUACAGACGAGACGGCAGAUAAGAGAAAUAAUGAGAACACUAAUGAAAGUCAGGAUAUGGCUGUAGAUCAUCUUGCCAAUGAGAGUAAGGAUGAAGUUUCCGAGAGUAGGGAGGAUUUGGCAGAUAAGGCUCCAAAUGAGAGUAAGGAUGAGACUCCAAAUGAGAGCAAUGCUGCAGCUGUAGAUGAGAAUAAGGGUGAGCUUGCCUUUGAGAGUAAGGAUGAGACUCCAAAUGAGAGCAAUGCUGCAGCUGUAGAUGAGAAUAAGGAUGGGACUCCAAAUGAGAGCAAUGCUCCAGCUGUGGAUGAGAAUAAGGGUGAGCUUGCCAUUGAGAGUAAGUCUGUUACAUCUUCUGGAGACCAAAUGACUGCACACUUAAACAAUAUAAAUGGCGAUACCAAAGAAGGUCAAAAUGAGGGAUAA